AUGCGACAUUACCUCUUCACUGCUAUAUUAACUAUUUAUAUUAUUACCAUUACUACCAAUAUAUUCAUCAUUGUUAUAGUUAAGACUGAACACCGUCUUCACAAGCCCAUGUACCUCUUCAUUGGUGGACUCUCUUUCUUAGAGAUCUGGUAUCCUUCAGUCACCGUUCCUAGACUAUUGUGGGCUCUGCUGACGAAGGAACAAUCUAUAUCUCCAGCUGGCUGCAUAACCCAGUUUUAUUUCCAUUUUUCUUUAGGGGUAGUAGAAAACUUCCUGCUAGCCAUCAUGGCCGUGGAUCGGUACAUAGCCAUCUGCAAGCCUUUAAGGUAUACACUUAUCAUGGAUUCAGACACUUCUAUCAAACUGCUGUUAGGAUCCUGGUUCCUGGGCUUCACUACAGUGUUUGUUCCAUGUUUACAGGUCUCAAAUCUUUCAUUUUGUUCUAACAAUGAAAUUGACCAUUAUUACUGUGACUUUGCCCCUUUGAUGAGCUUGUCCUGCUCUGAUACAUCAAGAGUCCAAAUGUCAUUUUUCGUCUUUGCUUGUUUUAUCAUUUUCGGUUGUUUCCUUGUCAUUUCUCUGUCAUAUAUUUGUAUUAUUCAGACAACCAUUACAUUUUCAACCUUCUCCAUGAGACGUAAGGCUUUUUCUACAUGUGCCUCACACUUGAUAGUUGUUGUUCUUUUCUAUGGCACAACUAUCUUCAUGUUUAUCCGACCCACCACUGGUGACUUACUGCACUUGAAUAAAAUAAUAUCUAUAAUCCCGUCCAUAGUGACUCCUCUUCUGAAUCCUAUUAUCUACACGCUACGGAAUCAAGAGGUGAAAGAAGCUGUAAAGAAGUUUGUGCAAAACAUUUCAUAA